UCGAACCGUGCGAAACCUGUGUUGGUAUGGUCCUGGAACGCUGGUAGGUUUACACAUACAUGCGACACUUUGCGAGAAUGCAUCAGUGUUUCAAUAUGACAAGAAUACAGACUGUCGGAGCAAGGCGUAUCACCUCGGGGAGUAUCGGGUCGAUCAAAGACUAUAAGACGCAGCGGUGGUAUCCCUACAAGUUUCAAUCUACAAACCAACCAGCAAUGCCGCCCCGCCCGUAUCUCGCACUACUUCCAAUCGGCGUCCUCGGCGUCCUCUACUACCAACACAUACGCCUGAGCGCGAAAUACCCCACGCGCCGUAUCCCGCCGCACCUCGAACUGAGCGCCCAAAGCCUGAGCGGGACGGCGCCUGCGUCCGGAGGGGCGUGGAAGGCGGCACAUGCGGGGGACACGUGGACGGCGCAGGUCCCGCGCCGUCUUGUGCUUGCCGCCGCCUCGCGCGCCGGAGGGGAGGAACCUGAAUCCGCCGGCGAGGCGGAUGAUGAUCUGGCGGUGGGCUUCGCGCGGGCGUUCUGGGGCAGCUGGUGGCUGCGGCUCGAGCCGCGGAUCAUCGAUGUGCUCGAGGGCGUGCUGAGGCUCGGCGUGUUCUCGAGACGGGAGGGCAGUCGCGGGGAGCACCCGGCUGGGUUUGUGCCUGGGGAGCAGGUCAUGACGGGAUAUUUUUUUGUCGAGUCUCAUGAGGAGCGACCGAAGAUCCUCUCGAACGCGGCUGUGCUACACGGGCCUAUCAUCGUCUCCUGGUGGCUCCAACCGACUCCUCCGUCCCCGAAACCGGGCCUGCUGGGUGGAUAUCACUCGUUCUCGGUCGAAGACUCCGAUCCAGAUUCGCCGCUGGUCACGCUGCAAUUCACGUCCACGCUCAUGAUGUCUGGCUCGAAUCCUUCAGGGGAUUCGACGAUGCCCAGCGCCCAGUUGGCGGGUCUAGAUCUACGGCAGAGCAUCAUCAUGAGGUUCCACACGUUGUACUCGAGACUCUUGCUGGACUCGGCUGUGAGGCGACUGGAGAGGGGAGUCUAGAAUUAUUUAAUUAUUAGUGUAUUCGCAAACUACUAUCCUGCGUUUCGAUAAUCAAUCUACG